UGCACCUGUGUAAAAAAAUGCAAACGACCUGAAUGUAUAAAACUAGUGGAGGGUAGUCCCUGCGUCUCUCUUAUAAGAAAGACCACAGGAAAGUCUCGCAAGGAAUUAAAGUCCUGUCGCUUAGCAUUGACCAAUUACCUAAGAUGUGUGUUGUCAACAGUGACAGAAAAGCGGAAUAAAUGGGGUUAUGAUCUUUGGGGGUGGGAGUUUGUUUAUGGAAAAUCUAAAACUUGUGAAAUUGUAAUGCAUCCUGAAUAAAAUAAUGGAAAACUUUUUUUCUCAUUGACAUCAUAUUAUCUCUCAAAAUUUUAUAGCUAGGGGAAUGUCAAAUCAGCGUUAGAAAAUUAAAAUGUCAGUAUAUAUAACGAACUUGUACAAAAAUAUAUUUACUAGCCAUUUUACUCAUAGUUUAUCUUAGUGACAAUGUGUUAAAGUUACAUAUUUAAGAUGCCAAAAAUCAUAUCUAGGACAAUUGUUUGUUCUGAUUCACAAGAUAAAGAAGAAUAUAAUGAAGGGAACCAGUCUUUAGUGCCAUACUUUUGUAUCUGUGGACAAGUGGCAUUAAUUCUAGAUUGUGACUUAAAAAGGUUGCCUUUAAGAUCAUUGGACGGUGCUCGAGUUGUGGAUGCUAAAUUCCAUGCCCAUAAAUUGCGAUGUGAAGAAAGUGAAACUGUUUAUUUAAAGAGGGAAAAAGGACUUGAACGGCAAUUCCGCUAUAAAUGCAAGAAAUGUGGUCUUCUUCUGUUUUACCGUCACGAGAAGAAAACCAAAGUCACUUUUAUUGUUGAUGGUGCUGUGGUGAAAGGCAAUGCUGAUCAGAUUGAACCUUCUCCAUUGGCAAAACCUGUUCCUAAGAAAAAGAUUAUGGUGAAAAAACAUACCAAAGAAAUGGGGAAGUUUGGAUCAGUUACAGUGUCUACUGUCGAUGAAGAAGAAGAGGAAUUAGAAGCAGCUGAAAUUGCUUCUUCGUACGCACAAAACGCUCGUAUUAUAUCUGCUCAGCUUAACAAGCGGAAGACUGCACAACAAAAGGCUACCGAUGAUGAAGCCAGCAAAUCAAAAAAGCCUAGGGGAACUCUUAUUGAUCAAUAAUGGAAUACUAGAAUCUCGUUUAUCAACACACAGAACAGUAAUGUCUGGUAGAAUGAUAAAUUGCUCGUCUCUUCGUUGUUUUUAAAUUAUGUUCAUCAAGAACAUCUCCAGCUAUAUAUUUAACUGUGCAGCCUGCUCCAGUUGUUAGUUAUGAGUAGCAGAAAGUAAAAGAAAAGAAGAAAGUAAUGAAUCUAUAUGGAACAUUUACAGCAUGUGCUAGAAUUUGAUCCGCUUAAUAGUAUUACGGACUCUUGAUGUAAAUAUUUUUUCAGAAAUAAAUUUAUAUUAUUACA